AGCAUCAUGUUAAAAGAAAACUUCACAAAAAUAAACCAAGGAAUUUGUUUUGUAGCCCUUGGUUCAAAAUGAGUGGAAUUAUUUCAAUUUUUUUUAUUUUUAUUUUCUUACUAUUCGGAAAUUAAUUUCUUGAUUGAAGACAUACAUGGUGAAGAUCUUUUCCACAUGAUAAGUAGUGGUUUGUAAGGUUUUGUGAUAGAACCCUCUAAACUUGGAGCUAUUUUUCUCUAAUCACUUUCUUCAACCCCACAUGCCCUUUACUCUCUUGUUUGAAUUUUCAUUCAUUUCAAGAUUUUUUUAUUUUGCUUUUUCUAUUUUCUUUUCUUAAAGAGUUAAUUUUUUUUGCUUGAGAUAUUAAGAGCACGUUGUUAGCAAUUCUUGAGAAAAAAAGGAUUUUCCUUUAAAAGCCAAGCUCAUUAGAAACAAAAACUCUGAUUUCUUACCUGGGAUCAAAUAUGAUUUCCCAGUUUUUCAUUCUUAAGAUUUACAAGUUGAUAGGCUUGUGAAUCAGUGUGCAAAACAACCUUAACUUCUCCAAGAUUCUUUAAAUUCCUGUGGGAUUCUUGCUGAAUAUUCCAUCAGAUCAGACAGCAAUGAAUCAGUGAAACCAGCUAACCUCAAAUUCAGCACAAGUGUUGGAUUUAGUGUUGGCUCACAGUUUCAAGGAUGUCAUUGUGUUUCCAACCAUUCCAUUAUGCAUCAAACAUAAAAUGUUGUGUGAGCAAACACACAAGCCAGAGCCAAGGCAAGAAGAAUCCAUCACUAGUGAGAAUUGCAAGUGCUGAGACCACCUCAACUUCCUUCUUCCACAAACCGUCGUCUGAUGCACUCACCGGUCAAGGCAAUGGCAUCGGUAUAAUUGGAGGCGUGUCGAUUGAUUCCACCUUGAAUUUCGCUAAAAAGUUGAAGGACUUACUGUUGGAGGAGGAAGGAAGUAGCCCUCCUUUCAUACUAUGUUCUGAUCCAUCUCUAAGCAAGGAGCUUUCAUCCCUUGACAGAAGCUCCUCUCCCUUCUCCUCUGCCAAAACUGAACGCGCAGAGGCUGACUGCAGCGCCAUUGUGGAGAAUCUGAGGCGAAAACGAGCUUUUCUUGACAGGUCCGGAGUGUGCUGUGUGGUGAUGCCCUGCCAUAUCUCACAUGCUUGGCAUGAUGAGAUUAAAGAGGGAUGCUCUGUCCCUUUCCUUCACGUUGGUGAGUGCGUGGUCAACGAACUCAAGCAAGCUGAGUUAAAGCCAUUCGAAUCUGGAAGCCCUCUUCGUAUUGGUCUUCUUGCAACAAACCAAAGUUUGCUACCCACAGUUUAUCAAGAGAAACUUGAAAAGGAGGGUUUUGAGGUUGUCAAGCUGGAUAAGGAUACGGUGGAGCAUACCGUGAUUCCUGCAGUAGAAGCAUUGAACAGAAAAGAUUUCGAAGGGGCACAGAAUUUGUUCAGAAUUGCUCUGCAAGUUCUGCUGAUGAAAGCUGUGAACAGAGUCAUCCUUGCUUCAGAUCAUUUGGAGCAGCUCUUGCCACCGGAAGAUCCGUUGUGGACUAAAUGCAUAGAUCCAAUGAAUGCUUUAGCACGCUCGUCUCUCAAGUAUGCUCGACCAGCAGAGACGGACGGGCCUGAAACUAGCUCCCAACUGCACUCAACGGGACAUGGAAAUCGUGCCCAACACCCACCCAAUCAGCAUAGAUUUGACUGAUCUUUGCAAUGUCCCACUCCAUGAUAUGGACUCCGCCUUCCUCUUUAGCAGUUUCGAUUCCAAUCUUACACGAUCCUGUAAAGCUGGGUCUUGAACCAAGCAUCAACCUGGAAUCACGCCUGCUUUCCAGCUCUGCAUAGUAACCAGGUUCUUGAAGUUCUGUCCAUCAAAGUAAUCUGUGUUAGCAUGCAUCCAUCCAUCUUCCUCUCAUAAGAAGAGAACAUAAAUUAAAGUAAAAGAAAUGGUUACAUAAAGAGACAGCUUUUGCUUGAGGCACUCUCAUAUAAUUCUAUGAUAAUAUCUAGUUCAUUCAA